GCUAAAGCUGCACCGAGCUAUGAUAGAAAUACCAGGGGAGGCGGACUCGAUCUCUCGGGGUGUCUCGACUCAGCUACUCUGCUUACAAAGAUCUGAACGGACUUCAACACCAUGUUUCAUGGAACCCUGCUUCGUGCGUUCACUGCGAUCGUGCUGUUUGUCGGGGUUGGCAAUGCGGUAUCCCUUGGACGCGCCGUCUUCCCUACGGUUACGCUGGACAAGGGGACAUUCGUCGGUUUGGACGAGGGAGCGGUGUACAAGUACCUGGGUAUACCCUUUGCUCAGCCACCGGUCGGGAACUUGCGUUUGCGUUUUCCCGUCGCGAAUAGCCCAUACACUGGGACGCAUACCGCGAGCGUCUUCGGACCUGCGUGUCCGCAACAAGCUACACCGUUUCCCACAGAAAAUCCGCUCAUCACCGAGGCCCUAAAAAAUAUCAGCUCGCUCCUCUCGACUAUUUCCACCGACUCUGAAGAUUGCUUGACGAUCAACGUGAUCGUUCCGUCGAAUGCAACUCCAACCUCUAAGCUUCCGGUGGCCGCGUGGAUCUAUGGAGGCGGGUUUCAGACAGGUUCUGCCGAGGUGUACGACGGAGGUUCCAUAGUCGAACGUUCUAUCGAGCUCGGAGAACCUGUCAUCUACGUCAGCUUCAACUACCGAUUAUCCGCAUUCGGCUUCCUCGGAGGUCAAGAGGUGAAGGAUGCAGGUUUAGGCAACCUGGGCCUGCAAGAUCAGCGUUUGGCGCUGAAGUGGAUCAAUAGAUACAUAUCUGCGUUCGGUGGUGACCCCGAUAAAGUCACCAUAUGGGGAGAGAGUGCCGGCGCUAUAUCCGUAGCGCUGCACAUGCUCACCAACGGCGGCAAUACUGAGGGCCUCUUCCGUGGCGCGUUUAUGGAGUCCGGAAGCCCCAUUCCAGUCGGCGAUAUUACACGCGUGCAAGGUCUAUAUAACACGAUCGUGGCCGAAACCGGGUGCAGAGGAGCAUCGGAUACGUUGCAGUGUCUGCGCCAGGUUCCAUACGCAACCCUCAAGGCGGCUAUGGACAACUCACCCAACCUCUUCUCGUACCAGUCCCUGAACGAGGCUUAUCUUCCUCGCGUCGACGGCAAGUUUUUGACGGACGACCCGCAGAAGCUGGUGCAAGCCGGCCGCGUUGCCGAUAUACCAUUCGUGAGCGGCGACUGCGAUGACGAAGGCACCUUGUUCAGCGUGGCAUUAUCGAAUAUCACCACGGAUCAGGAAUUCAGAGAUUACGUUGUCCAGAAUUACCUGCCCAAGAUUUCGACCUCGGAUCUCGCUGAGUUGCUCACGCUUUAUCCAUCGGAUCCGACGCAAGGAUCCCCUUUCGAUACGGGUGCAUUGAAUGCCUUGACUCCGCAAUAUAAGCGACUCGCUGCUCUGCAGGGCGAUUUCGUGUUCCAGGCUCCGCGUCGCUUCUUCUUGCAGCAGCGUUCUGCGAAGCAGAAGAUCUGGUCUUUCUUGAGUAAGCGUUUUAAAUCCCUACCCGCCCUUGGCUCAGUCCACGGUUCGGACGUCUUCGAUAUCUAUGGCACCGGCGAGAUGCGGGACUAUCUCAUACAUUUUGUCAAUAACCUGAAUCCUGACGGAAACACCGGAACCACGUUCAACUGGCCUCAGUAUACGAACGACAGCCCUCAACUGUUGACGUUCCUCGACGACCUCGUCACGCUGCUGCAGAUUACCCAAGACACUUACCGUGUCGACGGCAUGAACUUGUUGACACAACUCGGCCUCGCCGAUCCGGUAUAA